CAAAAAUGUAUAUUUAAUAUGAAUUUCUUAGAGAAGGAUGAGGAAAAAAAAGGCUGAUGAACUAAGCGAAGAACUUGGUGCUCUUGUGGUGAUUGACAAGAGUGAAGUUAACAAAUCAAUACUUUCUAAUUUUACAAAAGCAAAAAAUAAUCCAAGCACCAUUGAUUCUACAUCUAUGAAUCUCAGUAAAAUCGUUGAAAAACUCAAGAAAAUUGGGCAAGACCUAUCAAUUAAUUCAUAUAUGCAACAUCAGUUGACCAUACCCAUAUUUCUCUCUGCACGAACAGGAAUUUAGCUAUUAUGAUAUAUGGGGAUAUGCGCACUACUGAGUAAUAAUGCUUCAUCCAUCUAUUAUGGAUCACAAGUGCCAUUCCUGAUCCUUUAGUUUUUUG